AUGUGGCUGUUACCCCCGAGGGCCCAGAGGGGGGCAGCAGAGAGCUGUGGAGAUAUUCACGAUGGUCAUCUAUUAAAGCACACAGUGGUUCUUAACCUGGAGUCCUCGAACAACGGGGGAGGCCACCGGCCCGGCCGAUCCACGACGGGGGAGGGACCCGGCCCGGCCGAUCCACGACGGGGGAGGCCACCGGCCCGGCCGAUCCACGACGGGGGAGGCCACCGGCCCGGCCGAUCCACGACGGGGGAGGGACCCACCCCCACCCAGCCGAUCCACGACGGGGGAGGCCACCGGCCCGGCCGAUCCACGACGGGGGAGGGACCCACCCCCACCCAGCCGAUCCACGACGGGGGAGGCCACCGGCCCGGCCGAUCCACGACGGGGGAGGCCACCGGCCCGGCCGAUCCACGACGGGGGAGGGACCCACCCAGCCGAUCCACGACGGGGGAGGGACCCGGCCCGGCCGAUCCACGACGGGGGAGGCCACCGGCCCGGCCGAUCCACAACGGGGGAGGCCACCGGCCCGGCCGAUCCACGACGGGGGAGGCCACCGGCCCGGCCGAUCCACAACGGGGGAGGCCACCGGCCCGGCCGAUCCAGGGGGGACCAGUCACAGACUUCAGAGUUACCGGUCCGUCCCCCCCGGGUCAGUACCGGUCCAGUCCCCCCGGGUCAGUACCGGUCCAGUCCUCCCGGGUCAGUAACGGUCCAGUCCCCCGGGUCAGUAACGGUCCAGUCAGUAACGGUCCAGUUCCCCGGGUCAGUAACGGUUCAGUCCCCCGGGUCAGUAACGGUCCAGUCCCCCGGGUCAGUAGCGGUCCAGUCCCCCGGGUCAGUAGCGGUCCAGUCCCCCGGGUCAGUAACGGUCCAGUCCCACGGUUCAGUCCCCCGGGUCAGUACCAGUCCAGUCCUCCGGGUCAGUACCGGUCCAGUCCCCCGGGGGACUGA